AGGUAAGUAGUGUCAUUUCGCUACGACAUUUUAUAGUGUGACACCGUGCGGCAACGUGACCUUCGCCUUAUUUUGACAAGCGUGGACGUAGAGACCAAUGAAGUCAAAUUGGGGAAUAUUGAAGACAUUUGACAGCGUGCAGCUAUCACUUCUUAUGUUUUUAUAAAAUGGAAAAGAAGCAGAGUAACACCGGUAACUUUUUUUGUUCCGUUUAAAUUCUUCAAGACGUAGUGGCAGCCUGUAUUUCCUAGUUUCAGUACAUAGCUGCAGUUAAGAGUCAUUCAUUGCGAUGUUACGGCUCUUCACCACCCAGACUUUUCAGGAACUAUACAGAUGCAGUCGUUCUGUGGCAUCCUGUGUUACCAAGAGGCAGCUCAUGAGGUUUUUCCCAGUUUGUCAUCAUCAAGUAUCCGUCCUUUCUCGCCACUUCAAUACUGGGAACCCAGUGUGGAAAGAUACCCUCGAGCCUAAAGGAGAUACGUCAGAGGAAAUAGACACAAUAGAUUUGGACAAAUGGAAAUCUAUAAUGAGAUCAAAAGCUGCAUCAGAAGAGAAACAACAAGUCAAUGAUGAAGAGGAUGAAAGUGAUGAUGGGGAUGAAAACCUCAAUGAACCAGGAGGUGAUGUAAAGGACAGUUCUUCCCUGGAGGCAACCAGGGAGAUGGUUGUGAUGUGGCGGCAGGCUGGGAAGACUGUACCUCAGGAGAUGACUGAUGAGGAGGUUCAGACGCUGGCAGGGCUCACCACAAAGGCCUCCAGGAAGAAGUACCUGAAGUACCUGGCCAUCAAGGAGAGGUAUAAAAGGACCUAUAAGGAGAAGCAGCAGAAGAAGAAAGCGGCGAAGGAAGCCAUAAUGGAGCAGAAAAGCGAACAGGCCAACAAUACAAAGAAACUGAAAAACACAUUCCUCCUCAUGUACUGGAGCCGCUCCCUGGACAAGCUGCUGGCCUGGAGGAGCGCUCAAGCCAUGCUGUUCAAUCAGCCACUGGUGUUUGACAUGAGCUAUGAGUCCAACAUGUCCAGACAGGAAUUGGAGAACACAGUGUCCCAGCUGAUGGAGGUGGAAGGGUGUAACCGGCGUGCCACUGAGCCUUACCACCUUCACUUCUGCAACCUGCAGCCAGACGGAGCCUACAAGAAGGAGCUGCUCAAACGAUACGGUGCAGAGACCUGGGACCGCCUGCUCAUUACCAGCACUGACCGCCAGCACGUCGACCUGUUCCCCCGUGAACGGCUUGUAUACCUCACUGCAGACUCCCCCAAUGUCCUCCGCACCUUUGACCAUUCCAAGGUCUACAUCAUUGGAGCUAUGGUGGACCGGUCCAUCCAGUCAGGCUUGUCACUGGCCAACGCCAAGCGUCUGAAACUGGCCACAGCCCGUUUACCGCUGGAUGAGUUCCUCUAUUGGGAGAUAGGAGCCAAAAAUUUGACUCUGGACCAGAUGAUCCGCAUCAUGCUCACUUUCAAGGACACAGGGAAAUGGGAGGAGGCGUUGAACUUUGUGCCUAAGAGGAAGCACGAUGGCUUCCAUCAGCAGCACACACAAAAAGAGAUAAUCAAUAACAGAGUAAGGGGAGCCAAAAAUCAUGUACCGAGAGAGAAAGGUGACAGGCCAUUUAGAUCUGGAGAAAGAAAUACAGAAAGGACAUUUAAAAAUGUGGACCAAAGUUUUAACAGGUCCAAUAAAGAGCUUAGGUUUAACAACAGAGACAGAGUGGCUGGAGUGCACAGUAACAGAGAAAACAAACCGUCUGUGAGCACAGUCCGGACAUCGUUUAAGAGCAGCAUGGAGGGAAGAAGAGCUGCAGGCAAAAGCAAGACGUGGUGGGAUGAUGAGUGAAGUCAACAGCAGUUUUAACUUGGGUUAAUAUGGACAUGUAUGUUUACAAGCACUGUAUGAAGAAAUGUAAAAAGAAACGAGAGACAAGUGGUGAAUAAAAUGUUUUCAUAGA